UAGGUCCAGAAAAACAAUUUAAAGAGAUUCAAAGAUGUUACAAUUACAUUUCUAUAAAAAUUUAUGAUGAUGAAAAGAAGAACUUCUUCCAUUUCUUAGCUCCUUUUAAAGUGUCUUCCAGAUAGUUGCUAUAUGUGUGUGUGCUGAGCUCAGACCUGACAGAGCCUUCUCGGAUCCCAUGGGUGUAGCGCUGACAAAAUCAGCGCAGUGGACUACUGCUGCUGGAUUUGGAACUGGAACCCUAGAAAUUACCCCUCUAAAUGAAGGGAUUUUAAAAGAAAUUAUUAUGUUUGUGGAGAGUUUUAUCUAUAAACAUCCCCAAGAGGCAAAAUAUGUUUUUGUAGAACCACUUGAAUGGAAGACAAAUUUGGACCCCUCAGCAUUUGAAUCAGGUUAUGUUGUCAGCGCAACAACAGUCAAAUCAGAAGAAGUUGAUAAAAAUGGACAGCCUUUGCUAUUUCUCUCUGUACCACAAAUUAAAAUUAGGAGCUUUGGGCAGCUGUCAUGUUUGUUAUUUAUUGCCAAAGAUACAAAGCUGAAGGAAGCGCAAGCAUGUAUUGAAGCUAACAGAAAUCCUGUAGCAAAAAUCCUGGGCAUGGAUUACAAUACAAUGAAAGAAGACCCAUCAAUAUUAAAUAUUCUUGAUAAAAUUACCAAAGAAGAUGAUCCUGAAAGUGAGGUUAAGAUGAAGAUGGCCAUGCUGCUUGAGGAACUGGACCUGCACCUCCUCAACUAUUCUCUAAAACAUGCUUCGUUAGAAAUACAUUUAAAUCCAGUGACUAUUAAGAAGGAUAUAGAACUACUCAAACAUUUCUCAGGACAGGGAGAACAAACAGUCUUGGAAUCUAUCGAAUAUACCUCAGAUUAUGAAUUUUCAAAUGGGUGUCGAGCCCCACCUUGGAGACAACUUCAUGGGGAAAUUUGUUAUGUGCUGGUGAAACCACACGAUGUUGAAACUUUGUGCAUUACUUGUUGUGCAGAAGGAGUAUUUUUAAAUGGUGGCAAAACAGAUGAUGAGGGAGAAAUUAAUUAUGAGAGAAAAGGUGCAAUUUAUAAAGACCUUGUCACAUUUUUAAAACACAAAUCAGCAAAAUUUUCAGAAAAUAUGUCUAAACAGACUAGAUUGACUGAAGAACAGCAGAAGGUAAAGGAUCAGCCUAAGAAGGCACCAAAGAAGAAAGAAGCAGAUGCCUUACAUAAAUCUAUUACUAGUUCAAACAAGAGUAAGCUGGAGAAUAACCAAAUUAAUUUUGGGAAGAAUCAAAUGACCAAGAGAUUAGAGCCAAGUGUAAAUUGGAAGACUGAUGUUGAUUUCAAAGUCCGCAGAAUUUCCGUAAGAGACACCCAAGAAAAAAAACAUGGAGGAAGACCUGAAAAGUCAACACCACCUGUUUCACCUGGAAGAGCACAAUUAGUUCAUAAGAAUGCUGACAAGACUGAGGAAAUUCCUAGUGAAAGCUCCUCAGAGAGUGAAGAAGAUGAAGAACCACCUGAUCAUCGUCAGGAAGCAAAUGCAGAUUUGCCGUCAGAAUAUUGGCAAAUUCAGAAGUUAGUGAAAUAUUUAAAGGGAGGAAAUCAGACAGCUACGGUGAUUGCACUGUGUUCAAUGAGGGAUUUCAACUUAGCUCAAGAGACCUGCCAAUUGGCAAUCAGGGAUGUUGGAGGCCUUGAAGUUUUAAUCAAUUUACUUGAUACAGAUGAAGUCAAGUGUAAGAUUGGUUCAUUAAAAAUCCUGAAGGAAAUCAGUUAUAAUCCUCAAAUCAGACGUAAUAUUGUUGACCUUGGGGGCUUACCAGUUAUGGUUAAUAUACUUGAUUCUCCACAUAAGAUUCUGAAAUGUUUGGCAGCUGAGACAAUUGCAAAUGUUGCCAAGUUUAGAAGAGCCCGACGGGUGGUGAGACACCACGGGGGCAUCACCAAACUGGUUGCUUUACUUGACUGUGCACAGAAUUCUACAGAACCGGCUCAAGCAAGUUUGUACGAUGAAAGAGACGUGGAAGUGGCUCGCUGUGGGGCACUUGCGCUAUGGAGCUGCAGUAAGAGUUAUGCGAAUAAAGAAGCCAUCCGUAAGGCUGGGGGCAUUCCUUUGUUGGCUCAGUUACUGAAGACAUCUCAUGAAAACAUGCUGAUUCCCGUGGUUGGGACAUUGCAAGAAUGUGCAUCAGAGGAAAGCUACCGAGCUGCAAUCAAAGCGGAAAGGAUAAUUGAAAAUCUAGUAAAGAAUCUAAAUAGUGAGAAUGAGCAACUGCAGGAACACUGUGCCAUGGCCAUCUACCAGUGUGCUGAAGAUGAGGAAACCCGUGACCUCGUUAGGCUGCAUGGAGGACUUAAACCCCUGGCCAGUCUGCUCAAUAAAACUGACAAUAAAGAACGUUUGGCCGCUGUCACUGGAGCAAUAUGGAAAUGUUCCAUCAGCAAAGAGAAUGUGACUAAGUUUCGGGAAUACAGAGCCAUUGAAACUUUGGUGGGACUUUUAACUGACCAGCCCGAGGAAGUCCUGGUGAAUGUGGUUGGUGCACUGGGAGAAUGUUGUCAAGAAUAUGAAAACCGAGUCCUUGUCCGGAAAUGUGGUGGCAUUCAACCACUUGUGAACCUCCUCGUUGGAAUAAACCAAGCUCUUCUUGUCAAUGUCACGAAAGCAGUUGGUGCUUGUGCAGUAGAACCUGAAAGUAUGGUGAUAAUUGAUCGCUUAGAUGGAGUUCGUUUGCUGUGGUCUCUGCUGAAAAAUCCUCACCCAGACGUGAAGGCCAGUGCAGCUUGGGCCCUCUGUCCCUGUAUCCAAAACGCUAAGGAUGCUGGAGAAAUGGUUCGUUCCUUUGUUGGUGGUUUGGAACUUGUUGUCAAUUUACUGAAAUCAGAUAAUAAAGAAGUUUUGGCAAGUGUAUGUGCGGUUAUUACCAACAUAGCAAAAGAUCAAGAAAACUUAGCUGUUAUUACAGAUCACGGAGUUGUCCCUUUAUUGUCCAAACUAGCAAAUACAAAUAACGAUAAACUGAGACAACAUCUAGCAGAAGCUAUUUCACGUUGCUGUAUGUGGGGCAGAAAUAAAGUAGCCUUUGGUGAGCACAAAGCAGUGGCUCCAUUAGUGCGUUACCUGAAAUCGAAUGACACCAAUGUGCAUCGAGCGACAGCGCAAGCUUUGUACCAACUCUCAGAAGAUGCCAAUAACUGCAUCACCAUGCACGAGAAUGGCGCCGUCAAGCUUCUACUGGAUAUGGUUGGGUCCCCUGAUCAGGAUCUCCAGGAAGCUGCAGCUGGUUGUAUAUCCAACAUCCGCAGGCUGGCUCUUGCUACAGAAAAGGCACGAUACCCUUGAAAUUUGAACAGACAUUACAAGCUACCAAAUUUUACAUGACACAGAACAUGUCACUCCCAUAGCUGGGAAACCAAAAUUAAGAAACUGUUACUAGCAAAUCCUCUACAGACAAAUGUCUGAAUGAAAACACACAAAUGAAAAAUGCGAAGGAUGCUGUUCAUCCAAAAAUUGCAUGGAUAUUUUUGUUCUAUUUAAUGUUUUAGGGAUAUGCCACAUAGUGAAAUGCAAAGCCGAUAAAUCUGUAAUAAUUUUCCAGGAAUUUGAGAAUAUAUGUAUACGGUACAUAUGUAUAUUUCAGUGAUGCUUUUAUAUAUGUGAUGGUUUUAAUAAAAGAUAGGGACUUCCCAGUGUGCAGUUUUAUAUUGAAUGAAUGUCUUUAGAAUUCCCUUUCUGUUAAACCUAUCUAACGGUCCUGUCAUUAUGGUUUUGUCUGUUUGAUCACUUGCAACCCACGGGAGAGUUCUGAGGAGAUGUGCUGAUUUCACAAACUGUUAGAAUUUAGAGUUAAGCAGCUGGACUUGAGAGAUCAUCCCAAGGUCAUUCCAACUUUCUCCUAAAUACUAUCAAACAUCUGAGAAGAUAAUGCAUAACUGUCACUGAACCAGAUCAUGCAGAUCACAAAAACAUAAGCAAUGUGCAAGUUUUUUUACUUUUGGACUUACAAAGCAUAAACAAUGAUAUGUUUUAUUUCCCUCACAGGAUUCACCAACACUUUUAUUGACAGAAUGAACUUAUGCUGAUGUCAGGAUAAUAUUACUUCACAUAAAAUUGCUUUGAAUUUCUGAACUUGUUUUCAGCACACAAAGUACUUUUUAAAAAGUGGCUACAAAGGAUUAAUAGCAUUUUAUCAGGUUAUAGAAACAUUAGAAGCCACUUAAAAGAAUCACAUAUGUAACCUCGGUGUGCUGAAAUGUUUGGGAACUAACUGUCCAAGCAUCUAAUACUAGCCUGGAAAAUAGCUUUGUAUGCAUCAGCUCCGUAAACCCACCAUCUCGGUUAAUGCUUUAAAGAGCAGGCAAGGAGAUUUUUAUGGAAAAAUAUUAAGUACUGUGUAUGUUUGUCAUAAUUUGGAGAAGAUCAUAAACUUAAUUGAAUUAAGUGUAAAUAAUUUGUGUGAAAUGAAAAGCUUGUACAGGAUGAAAUUACCAGUGAUAGAUUCUGUAAUAAAAAGAUAAGGCAUUUCUGAGAAUUUUAAGGUUUUGUAAAACACCAAUUCAUCUUCAUUGCUUUUCAAAGGAGGUUAUAAAAGAGAAUAAUAGGGACAAGGAAAUGAUAUUAAUGUUAAGAAUUGAAUUUAAAUAAUAGUGUAACUCCUGUAAUUUUCAACAGUAGAUAUUUCUAAUAUUAAAGUAACAUUAAAAAUGCAUCUAGAAACCAUGGAUUCUGACAGCUAUAGAAAAUGAAUAAGUAUAUUAUUGUUAUAUUAUUAUUAAAGGAAGCUUUCACCAUUGUCUUAAGAUUUUAAAAUAUUCUUGGAAUUAGUGGAUCCAGGGAGUGAAGGGACACAACUAGCAAAAACCAGCAGUGGUACAAAAGAACUGGAUGAAUGGUGGGGAAAGAAGAUUGUUCCUUUAUGAAGUGCUUGAUAAAAGAAAGCUUGGGGUUUCCAUUUGUAUGACUAAUAAAUGCAUAAAAUAAAAGCAACAGUGCCAAUUGAAAAAAAAAAAAAACAUAAGCCUUUGGAAACAAGUAAGGGGAAUUAACAUGAAAAUUGUUUUGCGUAUUUCUUAAGAAAAAUUCUUUUUAAUUUUUAAAUGUUAGAAAUGUAGUACCUUUAGAGUAAACAAAUGAGAAGCUGAAUUUACCGGUCAAUUUUUUGCUUUUUUUUUUGUAAAAUGACGUAACAGAAAACUCUGAUCUCACUAGAAACAUGUCAAAGGCAGUGAAAGCACCAUAGCUAUCAGAGAACAAAGGUAUGGCUGAUCACACCAUUUCUUUGCUACUGCAUGCUGUGAAAGCAUUCACUUUUUUUCAUUAGUUUUUGCGUAAGAUUUUUGUGUGUGUUAUAUUGAUUUUCUGCUAUUCAAAGCUAGCAACAUUAAUCCUUUAUCAGUUUUCAAUGACAGGGUUCAUUUUAAGGUUUUAUUCUUCACCAGGACAUCCUGGGAAUCCAAUAUACUCUCUAUGAUAGCUGGCUGUUUCAGUUUGAAAGGAGUUUAAAGUGGGAGGAAUUUUAAAUGUAUAUUCUUUGAUCUUCCAUUCUCUUUAGUUUACAAGGUUUCCUUUUAGAAAUCCUUGCCAGGAUCAUUCUGCCAUUCCUAGUCAAUAUUUUUUUGCUACUCUCAGGCUGACUUGAGCUAAAAAUGACUUGUUUCUUUUUUAAAAAGUUUGCUAGGUUCUGAAAGUGAAUGGAAAGUUAGAUUUCUUAAGGGAUAGCAUUGCAAAUCCUGUUAUUUUGAUAGAUUUUGGUGUUACCACUCUGCAUCUCUAAGGCAUUUGCAUGGAUUUGAGACACGAUGAUCAAAAAUAUUUGGAAAAUUUAUUUUCACUUAGGAAAAUAAGAAUCUCAGUUGUUGACAAACAGAUAACCAAGAGCCCUGAGUAAAUACUUUCUUUUCCUUUGCCUAAUGGGAUUAGGUUAAAAAGAUAAUUUUGCAGUGGAAAUAAUUAAAGAUGUUUAAUAUCUUUCAAUGGAAGACAUGGAAUUCAGUGAAAACAAUAAGGAAACCCACUUAUUUAAGAGCCUCACUUCCUCAAAUGCAUUAAAUGCACCCCAAACCCUAUGUUCAUCUUGUACAUGUAGAAAGAGAAAUUGCUUUCUUCAAUGCAAAUGGAGUAGAAAGGGAACCACACUUUAUAUAAUGCUACUAAAUGCAGGUAUUACACGAGGUGUGAUCAAACAAUAUGGUGAAUGUUUA